CUGAGAACUAGUUGAAGUGAAGCUGCUGGAGCUGCUACCGGCCAUGGCUGACCUGUGGGUGUCCCUGGGGGUGUUGGCCGCCGCGGUGCUCCUCUGUGAGGCGGCUCGCUGCGCUGCAGCCCGCCUGCUCCGCGGAGUUUACUGGACUUACCUGCUGGAAGCGGUGUCCACCUUCCAGCUCUGCUGCUGCACGCAGGAACUCAAACUGCUCGGAGAAUCCAUCCGCCUGGACCUUUCCACCAGCUUGACUCUCACUUAUUUUGUCACCUUUGUCCAUCUAUCAACUUUUAGGGAAGCGACAUGUAAUCCCGCCGCGGCUCUGGAGAGCUUCUGCCGCGGCGCGUCCAGCGUCUGGGAAGCAGCGCUGCUCAUAUCCCUCCAGAUGGGGGCUGCGGUGGCCGCGCAGGGCUGGGCAGCCACCGUCUGGUCCCUGGGUCUGUCAGAUAUGCACCUCCGGCACCAGAAGUUUGGGUUCCGGUGCUUCGACCCGCUCGGUGGGACGCCGCUGGAAGCUGCUGCUGUGGAAAUGUUCUGCGCGUUCACGGUGCAGGCUGUGGCCACGCACAUCCACAGGCUGGACGAGAGGCUCAGAGUUCACUGCUUCGCUGCGGUCAUCACCGCUUUGGUUUAUGCAGGUGGAAGCAUUUCCGGGGCUGUUUUUAAUCCUGCCCUGGCUUUUUCCAUUCAGUUCCCCUGCAGUGGUCACACCUACCUUGAAUACUGCUUUAUCUACUGGUUGGGACCAAUAUUGGGCAUGGCGAGCUGCAUCCUCCUGUUUGAGAAGAUCAUCCCCUUCCUCUCUGGAAAGAGCACCAUCGGGAUGCACAGCUCUAAUGAGCAGAAAGAGAAGAUGCAGUAGUUUUAGUUCAUUUUGUUUUAUAUGAUGGACUGGAUAUCCCUGGAUAAUUAAGAUUAUUUAAUCUCUUAUUGAUGCACAAAUGCACAGGAUCAAAUAGGGCUUUAUGCAGCUCUAAUCAUGACUGAUGUCAAAAGACAAGGUAUGCUGCAGGAGAGCACAGAACUAAAUACAUAUGCAAAACAUUUAGAUGAAGAAAGCAAAAUUAGAAGAGCAACAAAUCUGAACAUUAACCUAAAUAAUUAACUAGAAGUCAAAAGCUUGGAUUUAAAAAGGUUUAUAGAGAGCUAGUUUGAAAGUUUUGUUUCAGGGAGCGUGAAAUCUCAAUGGAGAGGCUCACAGUCCAUGGUGACUAAAACAACUCAUAACUACUUUAGCACAAAUACAUAAGCAAAUAAUUACCAAUAAUAAAAUGCAUAUAAUAAAAAAAGGUACAUUAAGAACAUUUACAUUAUUUGCCAAAGAAUGA